CAUGAAUCUUCGCCGCUGCAUCCUGCGUGCGUAGGGCCAGCAUGUCGCGCUCUUUCACUUUCCAGCAACCCUCGCCAUGUCAUGCGCCGCCAGCCAGUUUGCCGCCAAGCGCUGCCGUCCUCGAAAUUCGCCGCAACUCGCGUGUCAUCCCAACAUCCACAUCUUCUACUGCCUCGCCAUGCUUCGAUGGUUGUCCAGCCCUCAUGCACGACCAUCCCCUAUCGCGGCGAGAACGACGACGACGUGUACGACAGCACGAUGACUUGUUCCAGCUUUGGCUGGGAGUAUUGCCUCGGAGGGAUGGAAUCGUCCACAGCAUGUGUCAUAAAUGAAAAAUGCGACGAUAAAGAUUCCCUUCAGUUGUUUCGCCAUGGGACAGGGAUUCCAACUCCCACCACCCCAUCACCGGUGCGAGCGAACUCAUGGUGGUCUCCGCCGGAACUCCUGUUAUGACACCUCGAGAGUCCAUCUGGCUAUGGCUGGCGCCUGUCAUUGCCGCUGGAUGUCUUGGCUGCCUUGUGGCGUACUGUUGUUGUCUGCGCCGUCCGGCUGAAGCACUGCCUUCGCCAAGACCUGUCGCCGCGGCAACGACUCCCCCCAUUGCGCACACCGUGUACCGCGAGGAUCACGUAGCCAUCCACACCGACGACACUGGACGAGCAUCUGUGGAUGUCUACCGCAUCAUCGUUGACGAAGAGCAGAUCCUUCCCGCACCUUCAGCGACCUCCAGCGCAUUCAUUGAAUCUGUUCCGCCUUCGACGACUUUGCGUCGUUGACAUGGCCAAAGCGUUGGGGUCCUGCUCUUAAAAUAACCAACAUCUUCCUUUGCAUGCACACGCCACACGAAGGCCAAAUAUAUCUAGAGUCGCGGCACCUUGUGACCAGAGAAAAUCAAGUCACGAUGUCGGCAAAAAUCGCGCCGUUUGCCGCGCAAGGCGGUGCCACGAGGGCUCAAAUCGCCAGUGCCAGCUUCAACCUUUUGGCCGUGGGCAUCACUGUCGUGAUCGGAGGGCAGUACUUUUCGUGGAACCUUGGGUUGGCGGCUGGAACACUGAGCUACGGCAUUUCGUCCAUCAUGAUGGGUCUGGCCUACGUAUCAAUCUCGUUGUGCAUGGCGGAAGUGUCGAGCAUGGUGCCGUUCGAAGGCGGCGCGUUUGGCCUGGCGCGGUGCACGUGGGGGUUCUACGCCGGGUUUGUCGUCGGUUGCUGUGAAGCUGUGCAGUACAUUCUGUACGUCACAUGCUCGUUCGUGGCGCUGGGGCGUAUGGUGGCGCUCUUUGUGCCAUUGAUUCACUCGUAUCCUUGGAUCGCCUGGCUCGCCAGCUACGUCUUGGCCAGCGCCAUGCUCAUCGUGGGAGGCAACGUGUACUGGCGAUGGAACCUCGCGCUGGCCUUGGUGUCGAUCGCGAUCUUACUCGUGUACGUCCUGGCGUCGUUGCCCCACGUCGAUAUGCAUGCCCACGCCGGCGGCAAUGACAUGCUUGUCGUCGGGGGGUUUUUCCAAUUCAUGAAGGUGUUUCCCCUUGGAGCUUGGUACUUUGUCGGCGUCGAAUCGUUGAAUUGUUUGUGUGGAGAGGUUGCCGAGCCGCGCGUGACCAUCCCACUCGGCCAAGUGUCCUGUGUCUUGACGUUGUUUGCCAGUGCCGUCUUGGUUUUUGUCGCCUCGAUAGGGACGAACCCAGGCAUGCCAGCCAUUUCGACGGCGCUUUCGCCCAUCACACUCGGCUUCAACAACGCAUUCAACACGACCGACGACGUGUCCAUGUGGUUUGUGCUUCCCGCUACGUUCGCGACCGGCCAAGGCUUUGUGCAAUCCUACACCAAGGUCGUGUCGGCCAUGGCGGGAUCGCACUUGGUGCCGGAGGUCUUACAUCGCAAGCACCCGACGCUCCACACACCGGUCAACGCGAUCGUUGGUGUGUCCACCGUGAGCUUUGCGCUGUGUUUUGUCGACUUUUACGGCGGCCUGGACACGGUUCUGUUCAACACGUGCAUCUUCCUUGGGUGCAUUUCGUACCUGUCCCAGUGCGUCGGGUACAUCUACUUGAAGAAGAAUUUUCGCACGAUGGAGCGCAAGUUUCGAAGCCCUGUUGGGAAAGCCGGCGCGAUCUACGCCAUCCUGAUUUGGGCCAUCACGAUGCUGUCCAUUGCGGGGUUCCAGGAAGACAGUCAAGUGAGCUUCGCCCUCGUCAUUGGCGUCCUUGCCUCGUGCUCUUUGUACUACGCGGUGUACGCCAAGUCGCGUCAAAAGUUCUCCGAGGAAGAGCGCAAGUCUCUGUUUUUUGCCCAUGUUGCCAACCACAACAACUCGAAGCGGUCGCAUCUCUCGAGCAAGCGAUCGUCUGGGAAAUUGAACACUGUCCUCAAGCGACUGGGGCUCAAGCGCCUUGCGACGGUCGCAGCAACCCCCCGGCCGUCGACUGUCGGAACGUCGACGACGUCGCCCCCCGCCGACUUGCAAGGCGGGGCGGCCAAAAAGAAGCGCAGUUCUGGAGCCUCCAAGGGGCCAUCGGUUCACGAAGCGCCCCGAAGGAUGCACACCAGUCAGCAUUAGCCACUCCAUCAAGAUAUCCAUUGUGUAUAUGCAUGCAAAAAAUUUGGGCAUGAAUCGUGUAUCCAUGGAUGCGAAUGUGCUAGCCAAAAAUGCUCCUCACG